GGUCAGGGGCAUGGCCUGAGUGUCUCCUCCUACAGACAGGGAUGAGAGCUGAAGCAUAUAAAUACAAGACAAACAGUAUCUUUACAGGACAUUCCUACAGACCUGAGCUGAAGCAUUAACUACAAACACAAUGGCAGAUGAGAGCUUUAAGAAGGAGUUCCUGGACACCCACAACGCAUACAGGGCGAAGCAUAGUACUCCGCCAGUAAAAUACAACGAAGAGCUGAAUGCUGCAGCUCAGAAAUGGGCUGAUCACAUGCUGCAAAUCAAUACCCUGCAACACAGUGACACAAAGGAUGGAGAGAAUGUAUUUUCCAGCUGGAGCUCAGAAACUCUGAAUCCUACAGGGAAAGAGGCUGUUGAUUCAUGGUAUGGUGAGAUCAAAGAUUACAGCUGGAGCAACCCAGGAUUCAGUGGAAACACUGGUCAUUUCACUCAGGUGGUGUGGAAGGAAACCACUGAGGUGGGUGUGGGCGUGGCCACUGAUGGCAAUAAGCUGUUUGUGGUGGGGCAGUACCGGCCGGCCGGCAACAUGGUCAUGCCUGGAUACUUUGAGAAAAACGUCCUCCCCCUUGCAUAGUACCGAUUCUGAAGUGAUGUCAGCAUAAAGGCUGUGCAUUUUACAGCUGGAGGAUCUGCAGACGGAGCAAACAGCACCUCGGAUAAAGAAAGUGGAACAAACAAGGGAGGAGGAACAAAUGAGAGAAAAAAAUCCUGCAUAAUUCUUUAAAAGAGCACAACACUGUUACUGAAUAUCCCACAUAUAUUUGUAAAAAAAAAAAAAAAAAAAAAACAUUAACUUGACAGGAUUUAUGUAAUGGUCAUAUAAAAUAAAACUUUGUCUUUUAAAAUACAUUGAUUCAUUACUUAUUUGAUGUUUGUGUAUGACUUCUUUAAAUAAACCUGUCUUUAUUAUUAAUAUACA